GUGAAUUAUUUAUCUUUCAAUCCAUAUAAUGAGUGGGUUGUGGCUACAGCAUCUUCUGAUACUACUGUUGGUCUGUUCGAUGUGCGAAAGCUGAGUUCGCCAUUGCAUGUUUUGAGUAGCCACACAGAAGAGGUAUUCCAAGUAGAAUGGGAUCCUAACCAUGAAACAGUGUUGGCAUCUUCUGCUGAUGACCGAAGGUUGAUGGUUUGGGACCUUAAUAGGAUUGGAGAUGAGCAGUUGGAAGGAGAAGCUGAAGAUGGUCCUCCUGAGCUUCUCUUCUCUCACGGUGGUCACAAAGCAAAGAUAUCUGAUUUCUCGUGGAACAAGAAUGAGCCAUGGGUAAUUUCAAGUGUGGCAGAUGACAAUGCCCUUCAGGUCUGGCAGUUGGCUGAGAGCAUUUAUCGUGACGAUGAUGACAUGCAAAACUGUUGA